CUGCUCAAACGUUCAUUACACAGUUUUUGUACUACUUUUCUUGAUUAUAUGCUUAACCAGAAUUAUACAUAUGUCUAUAUCUAUAUAUUGUAAAACUUGCAUGUCAUUAUGCUGUUGUAUACCUCGAGCAACCUACAAUUCUACUUGCUCGUGGUUCGCAUUUCGAUAUCUCGUUGUUAUAUUAAUUUAUGAGCUUUUUGUGGUCUCUAUGUCGUUUAGAUUCUCAAUUUCGUUUGAAACUGGCCCCGUUUUCUUGCUAUGCCCUCAUCAAGUUUAUUUUUACUCUCGCGGAUUUUUUCCGCUCUUCGUUUCUUAUGUAUUACCUAGGUAUAGAUAGGUUUGAUUAUCUCAGCAUCGCUUGUUAUCGAAAGAACUAUUCUGCAAACAAGGUUUUUGUUGGAGUCCUUAGGAGGUAUCCGAUUGUUUGUUCUGAAAGUUUCGUUGCUCUCUGGUGAAAAUUUUGUUGCUCUCUGGUGCGAGGUGCUGGUAGAUCGCAUCCCCUGGAAAUUCAUUAUUUUAUACGUAAUGGUUGCCUUGGAGUCGUAAUCUGUUAUUCAUUAUUUUAUACGUGCUGGUAGAUCGUUUUCUUGCUAUGCCCUCAUCAAGUUUAUUUUUACUCUCGAGGAUUUUUUCCGCUCUUCGUUUCUCCAUUUUGGUGGCUUUUACCUUGCCUGAUGGUUUUGUUGAAUUUAUGACCACUAUGACUUGGGCUCACUCUUUUUCUCCGAUUUUUUUCUAUUCAUCCAGUUAACCUCUUCGGAUUCUGACCACAGAUAAAGAUUACUUCCCAAUCUAAACUUAAUCAGGUUCAAAUAAAUUUGUAUUUGUUCAUGAAAUAGACACAAUGUGAUUUAGGACUAACAUAUAGUUCUGUUUUCAGCCCGUGACACUGUUAAUCAGUUGGUUCACCGACUUGAUUUUUUUUUUUUUUUUUUUAAACACAUUCUCUUAUGCUGUUGUUUGUCAUCAGGGAGGAUACAGAAGGUUUUACUCAAAGAAUACAUUGAAAUUGACACCUAAAGUUGACGACGAUAUCCUCUAACAUGUUGGGUACUUUUCUUCGUACUUCACUAGGAGGCCAUGAUACAAAUAAGACUGUUGAUAAUUUUCAGGAUCGUGGAAUGAAUCAGGUACAAGUAAAAAGCUAGUUGUCUAUUUCAGAGAAGAAGCGAGAGCAACAAAAAAUAAAAUAAUAACAAUAAAAGAAGGAAGAAAAAAAAAAUAAUAAGGAAAAAUAAGGGAAUGCUUCAAAAAAAUUAAUGUCUUCCUAUGGUCUGGGCGUAUAUCAUUGGCGGCGAUGGUACUCAAAGAAGAGCAGCUUUAAUUUAUCAGGGAGUUGCAAAACGAGGUCUGCAAGUUGCUGUAGCCUGGGAUCCCCAAGACGAUUGAUAAUGACAUUGCUGGCAGCUGCGGGAGUGAAGGAAAUGGACAAUUCUGGGCCAAUGGAAGAGACUCGACUUGACCUACAUGUGGAGAGAGAAUGUUCAAGUGCUCCUGGGGAAGCAAUGAAAAUCACAACAAAGGUUAGUAAAAGUAUGAGAUUUUUUCUAGUGAAGUCUACAUAUAAAAUCAUGAACUCUUCAGGUCUUUUUAAGUUGCGAGUAUUAUAUUAGUAUAAAGAUAGAGGUUAAAGGGUAGAAUUGCAUGAACAAGUGAUAGUUGAGUCAUGUCUAGAUAAUUUCAAAAUCACUCAAAAUCACAUUUUUAAUCGUUUAAAAU